AAAGAGUUAGUGUAAUGCAAACCCAAACAUGUUAAUUAUUGUUUUUCCCUGGUGUGGGGAAGACAGCCAAUGAACUUGAACUUCAAGAGAAAACUCCAUGUGACUGGCUCCCCUUAGGCUUAAAGUAUCACUAGCCUAUGAUGAGAGAGCAAGUUUCUGCCCUGGAGCCUGAAGACCUGUGCUUGCAGCUGCCUUCUCUUGCACAGGAGACUCCUGGGCUGGGAUGAAUAAACACUUCCUGUUGCUCUUCCCCCUGUGCUGCUUCAUUGUGGCAGUGACAUCACUUAGGUGCAUAACAUGUCACCUUCGCACACGGACAGACCACUGCAGAAGAGGCUUUGGUGUCUGUAUUGCUCAGAAGCACGAGACAUGCAUGGUAUUAAAAAUCUUUCAGGAUGAUGCUCUCCAGAUAUCAUAUAUGGUGUGUCAGAAAUUCUGCAGAGACUUGACAUUAGAUCUCAAUAAUCGAAUUUAUGUUCAUCAAUGCUGCAACUACGAUUAUUGUAACUUCAAACUCUAAGCUAUUUGCCCUCCUGAGGUCUCACUUGGAAAUGUCACUGAUGUUUCUCACCCUUCACACUCUGCCUACCCUUGCUUUCUUCCUCUGUCUGUCCUGACAAUAUCCCUGCUCUCUCCUUAAUUGUCAUCCUUCCUUCUGCCUUCAGCUUGGCUCCUCCCUUGGUCAGGGAAUAAUGGUUCUGAACAGUGAAUUUCUUCUAUUACAGGGAUUAUUAGCAUUUCCAUACUUCAAGAAGCCUGGCUGAAGAGGCUUUAUAUAGUAAAAUUUAAAACAGGGCCAUGCUAGAACCUUAUAGUUAGAAGAUUAAGGUGGACUAGAAAGACUUCAGCUAAAAGUUCACAAAUAUUUUUAUCUAAAAUCCCCAUGUAUCACUACAAUGACUUAGCAGAAAUAACAACAAAGUGAAUGGUGAAUACUGAAGAUUUUCCUCUAUAGACACAAAGUUAUUUAUACCAGCAGACAGUGCCCACUUAAGACUCAGUCAUUGUGAUUUUCUGGACAUUUACAUAGUACUUCCUUACACAUGCUAGGAGAUAGGCCCCUGUGACAUUCUUAGCUCACACACAGCCACUGCUAUUCCUGUCAAGACACAUUCAAGGUGCAUCACAGCUCUCCUUUCUUCCCCUUCCUUUCCUAAGGCUUCUAUCUUGCUUUAAUCCUUUGCCAUUCAUCCCCUCUAUUUCCUCCUCACCUCCACUGUCACCUCCCCAUUGCCACACAGACUCUCCUCUAGAAGCAGGAUGCCCUUCAAUGCCCUGCCCCAUAUAUCACAGGGCCCCCGAGGUAUAUUACCCAGGCCAGACAGCCUUUCAGGAUCCCUCAGCUGUAGUGAAAAGUGGGACAUGCACAGUCAACAUUUCAUCUGCCGUGGGCAGCUUUUUUGGGUCUUGGGGAACCACCUUACAAUAGAUCCAAGACUCCUCCUAUUCUUUGCUGCCCAUCUGCAAAUAAUAAAGCCAUGUUCCAUAACUUGUGUGUGUGUACUCUGCCUCACUGGACUCAGACAGCUAGGUAACCAGUGCAUAGCAGACCUAAACAGGAGCCCAGGAUACUAUGGGCAGAAGUAUGUGAACUCCUGUUCCUGGUGGUGGCAGGUGAUGAUCUUUGCUGUUUUCCAUGCAGAAGACGUUCUCACUUGGGAUUGGUGAUUAGCAUCACACUCUAUCUCCAUAGACUAACUUUGCCUGUUCUUCAACUAAUUAUAAAUGAAACCGCACAGAAGGUAUUCUCUUGAAUCCAGCUUCUUUCACUCGCCAUAAUAUUUUUAAGAGUUAUGCAUGUUGUCGCUAAUAUCAAAGUUUAUUCUUUUUUAUUUCAUUGUAUGCAUAUACUACAAUUUAUUAAACCCCGUCUCUUAGUCUGGUAUUAUUGUAUUU